UUUAAAAAUAAUAAUUGUAAUAAAGAAAAUAAUACACUUCCUUGUUUUCUAAAUCUCCAUUUCUUCAAUACUACGUCGUUUCCCAUAAUCACUCUCAAUAAUAUCCAAAAAUCCACAUUAUCUCUCAAAACAAUCUCACCAAAACGAUGUCGUUCGAAUCCGAAUUAGAAGAAGAUUCCGAAACCUUCGAACACACACUACUGGUAGUCCGAGAAGUAUCCGUCUUCAAAAUCCCGCCGAGAUCAACUUCCGGCGGCUACAAAUGCGGCGAAUGGCUUCAAUCCGAUAAGAUCUGGUCCGGCAGGUUACGUGUCGUUUCAUGUUCAAAUAACCGAUGCGAGAUCCGAUUAGAAGAUCCGAAUUCCGGCGAUUUAUUCGCCGCGUGUUUCGUUAAUCCAGGUGAAGAUAGAUAUAAUUCAGUUGAAUCCGUGCUUGAUUCGUCACGUUAUUUCGUUUUGAAAGUUGAAGACGGUACCGGAAAACACGCGUUUUUAGGUUUAGGGUUUAGUGAAAGGAAUGAAGCGUUUGAUUUCAAUGUUGCGUUAUCUGAUCAUGAAAAAUAUGUUAAACGAGAGAUUGAAAAAGAUAAGGAUUCUGUUGAUCAAAGUGAUGACUCACAGAUUAAUAUUCAUCCUGCUGUUAAUCACAGAUUGAAGGAAGGUGAAACUAUUCGGAUCAGUGUAAAAAACAAACCUGCUAGUGGAGCUGGGAUGCUUUCGGCUGCUGGGCUGUCUGGGGGUGCUACCGGAUCGGAAAAGAUUAAACCACUGAGCCUUGCCCCUCCCCCUUCUGCCUCCUCUAGAUUAAAAUCUGCUGGUGCCGAGAAUCUCAAGCCUUUAAGCCUUGCUCCUCCACCUACCAACUCUGUCAAGAUCAGGUCUGCUAUCCCACCCCCACCCAACGAUCCUGCUGCUAUUCGGAUGACUUCGACAAAUCAAAAGGCUGCUCUAAAAGGACACAACGAAGCUGCGAGAAAAUCUACUGAUGCUUUCACUGAUUUUUCUCAAAUUGAGAGGAAUCUUCCUUCAACGACUGGAUCUGGAUCAAAUCAAAGUAAAACCACUGCAGCUGGAUGGGCCGCAUUUUGACUUUCUCAACUAAUACUUGGCGAGUAUUCAACAUAUUCUUCUGUUAUGAUUGGAAAAAGCAGAAUAGAUGCAACAGAAGGUUCAAUACGGCAUUACGGCUCAUCAUUACAAAUAAUUGUAACCAGAAUAUGUCAAUACACUUCUUUUAAUGUGCAUUAUGUGUUCGACCAUGUGUUUCGUAUCUAUAUGUACAAUUCUAUGACAAAGUCAGUCCUGUUUCACUCAAUGCUGAGAUCUCGUGUUCUUGUUCA